AAUCUAUCGCUACCAGACGCACGACUAUACCUUCAGCAGUAACGAGCGCUUACUUCAUGCCCUUGGAGGGAAUGACUUUGCCCAGAUGGUGAACCAAACCCUUGAUGAAUCCAUGCAGAAAGCUGGCUUCUCCCAUAAGUUCAUAAAUGAAGUGAUUUGUCCAGUCAUGAGAGUCAAUUAUGGGCAAGGAGUCAACAUGAAUGCUUUUGUAGGGGGCACACGGAAUCUGUACUACGUCACUUACAACUCUACAUCGGGACAGUCAGCAGAAAUGUAUGAUAUUGUUGUCAUUGCAACCCCACUAAACCACAAAAUGUCCAACAUCACCUUUAGGAACUUCAACCCUCCUAUUCCAGAGUUUCCACAUCCUUACCACCAGACUAUAGCGACAUUUGUGCAUGGGCGCUUAAAUGCUUCCUUCUUUGGCUACCACGACCCCUCUGCCUUUCAUUUGAGUGAUAUCUUCACUACAGAGAACCCCAAACUGUUCAUCAACAGCCUGGGGGUGGUAUCUCCUGUUGAAGGGAGACCCAGCGAAGAAAAGCUGCCCUUGCAAUCAGCUGUCUGGAAGGUAUUUUCAAAGGAACCACUCACCAAGGAGCAGCUUAACUUGCUUUUCUCUUCCUAUGCCUCUGUGAAAGAGAAGAAGUGGCUGGCAUACCCCCACUACAGCCCCCCUGAAAAAUGCCCACCCGUGAUCCUCCACGACAGGAUAUACUACCUCAACGGCAUCGAGUGUGCUGCCAGUGCCAUGGAGAUGAGUGCCAUAGCAGCCAAAAACGCAGCACUGCUUGCUUACCACCAGUGGUAUGGGAACACGGACAAGAUCGACCAGGAAGACUUGCAUGAGAAACUGAAGACAGAGCUCUGA